UGCGAGAACUUGUCCAACUCCCCCUUCACCACCUUGCAUCUCAGUUCUUUUAUUAUUCUUCAUUUGUGACUAAAAAUGUACCGGGAACCGAAGUUUGGUCAUCGUUAAAUGGUUUUCUAUCGGUAAUUUGUAUUUACAUAUACAAAAAGAGUCGACGAUCAAGGUCCAGAAUAUUUACCAACGUCCUCAGCGUCAUUAUUAACUGCGAUCCCUGAAUGACCGCCACCACAACUAUCACCCCAACUCAUACUACUCCUCCUCACUUUCUUGCUCCGUCACUUCACAAGCUACAUUCACUGGCAAACCGCCUUUACUGGAGCCUUUCUACAUGCAUAAAUAUAUAUAUAUGUAUGUAUAACUAUAUACAUAUAUAUAUAUAUUCUUAACGGACCUCAAGGGGUUUGUUGGGCCCCUCUUACCCGCAAGCCGUCCCCUCCCUUCAUUCUAUAUAUCUUCAAAGGUUUUUUUACCCGCAAAAUUUUUACCCCUCAAAAGUUCUACACAAGGAAGCAAACUCACAGGGAAAGGAAAUAUCCCUUAAAAAAUUCCAAGGGCAAAAUUGUUAAUAAGUGUAUUUUUUCUUUUACAUGUAUUCUAUUCCUGGAGUUUUUAGCAUUUGUUUGCCCCACUCCCAUCUCGGAAAAUCCCUCGAAUGAGGGAGAACAAGAAAAAAAAAGGACUCAUCAGAAGAGGGACAUAGCAUUUUUCUUUUUCCUUUCUAGCAGUGUAAUUUAAACGUAUUCGUAUCCCCCACCAUUCUCUGUGACCACCACCACUUUACUGAUCGUCGGUUAUCGUACAGCCAAGACCUUCACUCUUAAAACGGACGGACACUUGCCAAACUUGUCGCUAACCGACCACCACUCUACAAAACUCUACUCUUACCACUACAACUACAACUACUAACAACAACAACAUCCCGCACGACCACCACUACUACCAUCAUCAUUGAAGUCUUUCAGGCCAAAACUCAUCUGUGAUGUCUGCCAGUGUAGAUCAGAGAGCAAAAGGUCAAGCAAAUCAAGUGGCCAAUGGCUCAGCAAAAGAAGUAAAAAACGAGGACUUCGAUCAUUAUUUGCAUCAACCUCAGCAAGACUCAGCUUAUCUGCGAAGUUGUCUCCAGUCUAACCAGCAUUCAAAUGGGCCAAAUCUGGCUGUGAUCAACCCAGUGGCACUUGUUCAAACCAGCCAUAGCCAGGGAGGAUAUGGAACAGGUCCCAUGUCAAGUCCAGGAGUCUCGGAUCAAUUUCUACCAAGCUACUACAACCAACCAAUCUCCUUCCCUUAUUUGGGACAAGGGGUUGGUGAUGCAACAUGGUCAAGUGGAAGAGAUGCCAACGUGUUCCCCCUUGGGGGCUAUGACUACAGCAGCGUCUUUAGUGGAUUUGGAUAUGCCCAAUUUGGUUGGGAUUACAAUGGCAGCGACUAUUGGAAUAAUGCCACCCGCAAGGAUUACUAUGGCACUGAUAUGAUUUCUUCUGAUGGCUAUGGGCCAAUGAAUGGAGAGCAAGAUCGUGACACUGUGAACAGUGUUGAGCAGGGGCUGAAGGGCAUGAGCAUUACUGGAGAAAAGAAGUUGUCAGAUGGUGUUGGAAAUGAUUCUGUGCAGGCCGGUGUGAUUGACGGAUCUAUUCAAGUCGGUCCACCUGGUUCGGCUGGGCCAUCUCCACCACAGGGGCCAAAGAAAACCUCUUGGGCCGCUGUAGCUAGCCAGCCAGCUCGGCCUCAGCCGCAGAUUAAGGCACGCACUAUGCCCCGUGCUCCCAUGACACCAAAGAGUAUGGACAUUGGUACUUGGGAUAACAAAAACAAUAACAACAGCAAGCAGGCGAAUCAAGGGAGACAAGUAUGGAGUGCACCUCGUCGUACUAUGGCAGCUUAUAACAAUGCUCCAUCAGGAAACUCAAGUCCACCUUCAGCUAAUGUUGGUAAUGCAGGAUCUUUGAAUGGACCUCCAUCUUCUCCUAGUUUACCUCACCCAGUUUUGGAAAAGCUGCGAUCUGUUAAUCAAUAUAAUCCAAAAGAUUUCAAUCUGAAUCCAAAAGGGGCUCGCUUUUUUAUCAUAAAAAGUUACUCUGAGGAUGACAUUCACCGAUCAAUAAAAUAUAAUAUUUGGUGCAGCACUGAGCAUGGUAAUAAGAGACUGGAUGGGGCUUACAGAGAAAGAGAGGGCAAGGGUCCUGUAUACCUUUUCUAUAGUGUCAAUGGUAGUGGACAUUUCUGUGGUAUGGCCCAGAUGAUGUCACCUGUGGACUAUUCCACCAACAGUGGAGUAUGGGCCCAAGACAAAUGGAAAGGUCAGUUUGAAGUGAAAUGGAUUUAUGUGAAGGAUGUGCCAAAUAGUCAAUUGCGACACAUUCGCUUGGAAAACAAUGAGAAUAAGCCAGUCACCAACUCAAGGGACACUCAAGAAGUACCACCAGAAAAGGGUAAGCAGGUGCUGAAAAUCCUGCACAAUUUUCGGCACUCAACGUCCAUCUUUGAUGAUUUCGGACAUUAUGAGAAACGACAGGAGGAAGAUCUUACCAAAAAGGAGCCUGUAGCACCUUUGAAGUCAGAAGUUCCAAUGAAGAAGAAUAAUCGCCCUGAAAGGCGAGCAGCGGUCUCUACCAAUCAGCGGCAGAAAGAUUCUCAAGUAGAUUAGGCUUGAACCUAUAUCCACUAAGUCGAAAUGAGGGAGGAAAAGAAAAUAACACUUGCACACACACCCACAGACAUAUAUAUAUAUACAUACAUAUACACACUCCAAUACAUUGUACUGCAGUCAUGCUCAGAUUGACAAUACACGAACAUGUGCACACACAGAAAAAAGAAAUUUUUUUAAAGGAAACAUUCGUAAAAUACAUGAUUGCUCAGACAUAUCACAUCCAUACACGCACGCAACAAACAACAACAAACACAUGCACCAACAUAUAUAUGGACUCACUAAAUAAAUUCCUUCUCUCUAAAACAGACGUUUAACAAAAAGAAACAUUUACUGACUUUAUCAUAUCUAGGGAAAAAACUACAACAUUGAAAUUGGAAUAAUGGAAGAGGCAGUUUCCACACGUUGUCUAUGAUUAAUGGAAAAAAAAACAACAAGAAAGAAAAAAUAACUAAAACAAAAAAGGCUGUUUGAUUGCUCUUUAGGGGUUAUGGGGGUAGUGAUCUAAAAACUUAUAUCUCUGUAUAUUAUAUAUAUAAUAUAUCUACAUAUAUAUAUGUAUAUAUAUAUAUAUGUAUAUAUAUACAUAUGUAUAUAUAUAUAUACAUAUAUAUAUAUAUAUAUACAUUAUAUAUUUGAAGGAUUUUCAAAUUAACAAUCUCAACAAGCGGAAAAAGGGGAAGAUGAUAUAUUGAUAGGACUGAAAGGGUGGGUGGGGGACUUAAAAAAAAUUUAAGCUAAAAGUUAAAAAAAGAUAUUAAAUAAAAGGAUAACAUUUUUAAGUGCAACAAAAGCUAGAACUUUGAAAUUCAUAGUGACUCUAAUUUCUUUGGCUGGAACGCAGCAACGUACUUGCCAACUUAUCUAUGUGUACGACAGUGGCUGGCUAUCUGUCCGUUUGCUGGAGGAGAUAGAUAAGUUUCAUAGGUUGGUAUUAUUGAAAAUUUUUAAUGAUAUCUUCCUGGGGUAUCCUCGAAAUGCUGCUCUUCUCUUAAACCCUCUCCUUUAAAAAAAUAAGAAAAGAAAAGAAAAUUUCACAAAAAAAAUAAUAAAAUCCGUUUUUUUUUUUUUUGGUUGCCAGUAAAAAAAAAAUGAAUAAUUAAUAAUAAUAAAGAUUUUAGUACCUCCAGGAAUUAUUUUUGUUCUUGGAGACUGUUAACAGUAAUGAUAUAAAAAGAAAGAAAAAAAAAAUCAGUUUUAAAUAUUUCAGAGGAAAAAAAAAAUAUAAAGACACAAACAUAUUAAAAAAAUGACUUUAAAAAAUUUAACAAUUACUAUUACAAACUGGAAUUAAAGGUAAGAAAAUUUAUGGACAUUAUAAGAAAUUAUGUUUAAAGAGAAGAAAAAAUGGCAAAAAAAAAACAUCGAGAGCAGCUGUAAUGGAGGAAGAGGAUUCCACAGUGUUCGCCAAAUGGCAGCCUCUUUCAAUAAAACCUACAACAGCAUGUAUUUGCAGUUCUUACUUGGUAAUCUGA